AUGGCCGACACUACCACUACCCCGGAACCCGCCGUCGACACCUCCCCCAUCGCCCCCUCCCUCGAACGCCGCAACUCCCUCGAAAAACACCUCCAACACCGCCCCGAAGAACAAGACCUCAAAGACCGACACAUCCUCCUCGACACCACCGCCGCUCCGGCCCUGCAAGCCCGACAGCAAGAACUCGAGCGCCAGCGCAUCACCGACAACCUCAAGAAAGGCUUGUCGAAGCGGCCGGAGAAGGAGGAGUUGAUCGAGAAGAACAUCUUGCCGGAGGGGACGGGGAGCGUGGCACCGGCGUUGCAGGAGCAUCGGAAGGAGUUGGAGAUGAGUAUGCGGAGGGAUAGCUUGGAGAAGAAAAUUGAGGGGCGGCCGGGGAAGGAGGAAUUGGUUAAGGAGGGGAUUCUGAAGGAGAACGAGGAAGCUGUUGCGUAG